UCUUCAAUUCCUCACAAUCAUGCACAAACUUGCAUACAUGUAGCAGCAUACAAUCAAGCAAAACAUAUUUUUAAAAAAGCCAAUUUAUUUCAUGGUGUUAAAGUGAUUUUAAAAAGUCAGUGAAUUCAUGAAAAUUUGUCCUGUCAAUGGAAGGAUGCAUACCACAAGAAAACCAAAACUAAAUAAGUUUGUAUACAACCUCAUUAUAUACACAAAAGGAAAGUUUAUGGGAAAUGUAAAAAAAGACAUUUGGCUUAAACUGCUAAAAUAGCACCAAAAUCCAUAUAAUGUUAACUCUGUUUCAGGUACUGCAUUUCAACUCACUACUUGUCAGUCAUAAUGUUAACUCAUCUGUGUUUAGUAAUUACAAUGUUUACUACGUGUAAUUUAUAGAUGGACUCUGAUUUUACCAUGUUUCAAUUAUGCACUACAGAUUGAACAAUUUUCAACACUGGAGGCUCGGAGAGUCCGAGAGAGAACCAAUCUUUUGAUUGAACAAUUUAAGCGCACCCAGAAUAUAAAGCAAGCAAAGUAAGUCAUGACUGAACAAAAUAUACGGGAACAAUUAAUCUGAAUCAGUAUGUCAGUGCUUUAUAAAGAAUAAAAACAUACAACCACAAGUACUCAGGACAAGUCCAAAGAGUGUUUCUGUAUUUGUGCGAGUUAAAAAAUAUAAAACCAUCCACUUUACUGUAUUUCUUUUAAUUUUAGAUCAGGGGAAGAAGAGGAACUAACAGAAAAGGAUCAUCUGCUGUUAGAAAUAAUAGGAAUCAAAGAAAGUAUAGAAAAUGAAGAGAUGUGGGAAAAAAGUCAGAAAAAAAAAGAUGAAGUGGAGCAGAGGCAAUGUGCUGUAGAAAUACUUGCUGCAGCAAUGGAGUCACGAAAAAGAAAACAAAGUGAAGAUGCUGCUGGACCUUCUUCAUCUAGCAGUGAAGAUGUUGUGCCUUCUUCAAAGAAGAAAAAGCCUAAUGAUCUUCUGUUAGAACUUGUUAUUAAAAGACAAGUAGAAAAGAGGGAGGAGAGGCUAGCAGAACUGGAGAUAAGGAGGCAAGAACUGGCCCUGGAGCGGGAAAAAUUUGAAGCGGCUAGUGCUGAGCGGAAUGCUUUUCUGCUGCUACUUCAAAAAUUUUCUGAAAAAUGACUUGAAAAUUUUUUGUUCUAUUUUGUGUUAUUCAUUAAAUGCAUGUAAGUGAACUUAUGUCCUGACUUUUUAUGUUAUUUCCUGUGAACAGCAAAUGCUAUAGGUAGUCUGGGGUGUAGUUUAGGUGGUUCUUCCUACCUUUCAACAGUAUUGACUUCAAAAAGCCAUCCUUCAGAUGUGACUUUGAUUGUGCAUCUUCACUGAAAUUAAUAGUGUUUAGAUAACAUAUUUCAUUACACAUGCUUUGUGUGUCUUACAAAA